AAAACAAUGAGAACUAUUUUCACUACAAACUUGGGCGUUUUCCCACCGAUAGCGCCACUGGUAUUAAAACCAACUGAACUUAGAAUUCGGAAAGGUAGUGACGAAUGCAUAAAAAGAAACAUGAAUAUAUAUUCGAAAUGGAUUGUAAAAAAAAAGUAAAUUCAAUUACAAUUAAAAAAAAAGAAACCAAUACCAAUAAUUAUCAGUAUAGUUGAGCGAUGUAAGAAUGUUUGAUUGGAUAGAGUGCGCUGUUUUCCGAUUAUUAGAAUAAUCGUUGCCUAGUGUUGCCUAGUUCUCUCCAGUUCUCUCCUCUCCAAAUAAAAUCUGGAUAAAUCGUCAGAACCAGUCACAACGUAAUUGUGUUAUAAUCGUAUAACAUUGACUGCAUUUUAGCCUGAGGGUUUUACGCAACAUUGGUGAACGUCUUACGAUGUUCCUUAUCCCCGACAUCGAAUUCAUACGUCGUCAUCAGUUUAAUAUUGCGAAGACAACCAACAUGGCAGUAUAUAUGAAACCUGGUUCCAUGGUGGAUAAUGAUGUUGGUAUACGUAAAAAAUAAAUGUUUCGUGGAUAUUUUUCAAAGACGGGAUACGUCUGAAUAAUAGAGACAAACUCAAAGAUGUACGCCAAGUAACGAACAUUUGAAUGUAUAAUAUAACCGGAAAGACUCUACGACGCAACCGAUCGGCCAUCACUGAUUUUCGAUUGACCAAGUUUGAAUCUUGUAACGGUCGCGCAGGCUUGCUCUGUUGGUAUUCGCAAUACCAGAUAACCAGUACAAACCAAUAAUGGAAGAUACAAACGACAUACUAGUAUGCGCAACAGAAUUUAUAAAAGAUCGAUUAUAUUUUGUAAUGUUGAGGACAAUGAUAAAGCCAAAGAGUACUCCAAACAUCCAUUAUUUCAGUAUCGAUGAAGAACUGGUUUACGAAAAUUUUUAUAAUGAUUUCGGUCCGUUAAAUCUUGCAAUGUUAUAUCACUAUUGCCAAAAGGUUAAUAAAAAACUAAAGGCAGUAACUUUAAAGAAAAAGAAAAUUGUACAUUAUACAACUAUGGAUCCACAGAAAAGAGUCAAUGCUGCUUUCCUUAUAGGAAGCUAUGCUAUAUUAUAUUGUAAACGAACAGCGGAUGAAGUCUAUGAUUGUUUAACUAGUAGUCCUAAUUGUCCGUCGUUUAUUAUGUUUCGCGAUGCUUCUAUUGGUAUGCCAUGUUACCAAAUAUCGUUAAGUGAAUGUCUGAGUGCCAUAUAUAAGUGCCACAGACUUGGAUUCUUUAAUUUUCAAGAUUUUCGUGUUAAAGAAUACGAAUACUUUGAAAGAGUAGAAAAUGGGGAUUUAAAUUGGAUUGUUCCUGAUAAAUUUAUCGCAUUUUGCGGACCUUAUGCUAAAUCUAAAAUAGAAAAUGGGUAUCCACUUCAUGGACCAGAAUCAUAUUUUACGUACUUCCGUGACAACAAUGUAACUACAAUUAUACGACUUAAUACAAAAAUUUAUGAUGCAUCAAGCUUCAUAGAUGCAGGAUUUGAUCAUAAAGACUUAUUUUUUGCCGAUGGUUCAACUCCAACGGAAGCAAUUAUACGUCAAUUUCUUAAAAUAGCAGAGAAUGCAAACGGUGCUGUUGCUGUACAUUGUAAAGCAGGACUUGGCAGGACGGGUACUUUGAUAGCCUGUUACAUCAUGAAACAUUAUCAUUUAACAGCUCACGAAACAAUUGCGUGGAUAAGAAUAUGUAGACCAGGUUCGGUAAUUGGACAUCAGCAAAAUUGUUUAGUGAAAAAUGAGGCAUAUCUGCACUCUCUGUUAAAAGAACCACUACAACCAAAGAAUGGGAAUCCAGUGCAUAAAUAUGGAAUAUAUUCUAUAAUUGGUAGACCUAAGACAGCAUUUUUGACCAAUCUGAAAGAUUCUCAUCUGAUACAAGAUAAUGUUUCUGGAAUUAUGCAUAGAGUCGAUGGAAUUACAUUAGACGACAAUACUCCUGCUGCUGGUACUAGCACAACUAAAUACAUUAGCUUGACUCAAGGCGACAAAUUAAAUCAAAUAAAAGCCAAAAGACGAAAUUUACCAACGAAUCACACGCUUAGUACCACUACUGGAUCAUCAACAGAUGUACACCCAUAUUUAUGUGCAUUAUUACAAACAAGAAGUAAGAAGAGUACAAUUAAUGCAUUAACUGGAAAUAAAAAGAAAGAUCCUACGAAAAGGGUUCUUCUGCCUAGAUCAACUGCAACUAUUGCUAAAAGAAACAGUUGGCUGGUCAACAGUAUCCGUGAUUCACCUCCGCGUCAUGUUAAGUCUACUAAACCAGCAACACAGAUCCAUAAUAUCAACAACAACAACAACAACAACACAACCACCACUACUUCCGUUACAUCAAUAUCUGUAUCGAAACCGGUGACAAGGGCCAGUAUAAGAACUUCCUGCAUCACAGAGACCCGUACUACAAAUGCGUCUGCAAAUCAUUCAGUCGCGCAACCGCAACAGGGCAUGAAUAUGAUUCUCAGGUCUGCAGAUCGAGUAAAUCGCUAUCAUAAUUCUCUAAGGCAUGCGCGCACAACCAAAAGUUAUAAAACUGCAUUUAUCAGAUGACUAACCGAUAUUCUCAGUGACGUUGGGGAGGACAAUCGAGCAGUAAUUCGAGCAUCUCACCAGUGCCGAAGGACUCAUCGCUUAAAUCCAAUCAUUCGAUAAAAUCAUCUCACUGAUCUUCAAUCUUCAACUUGAGCAACUAUGGUCCAAGUUUCUAUUAUAAUCAACGAAGGUCAAAUAGAUCUGCAGUCCCGGUCAUAGCUUUUUCAAGGUAGUUAUUUUAUGUCCAUAUUUGUAUCUUGGAUUAUAAGUUUCUCAUAAUUACUUGCGCUCUGCACAGAUUUGAAAAAUUCUUCCACGUUCUGCGACACGUUGAACGUUCGCAACUAAACACAGCGUGAUUUUCAUUCGUCUUCAUUAAUUGCGUCUCUUUCUGCUGGUCAGAAAAACGUAACACCGUAAACGUACUUUCGAACGCUUUAAAUAUAUUAAUUUUUACCUCCGUUCUCUUUGCUCUCGAUAGAAACUUACAAUCCCAAUGUGCAUUCUUACUUAUACCUAUGUAAUUAACAUAACUUAUUUAUCUUCAUAUAAAAUAUAUCUAUACACACACAUAACUCUUGCACAUAUAUUUAUUAAAUUAUGAAAGAGUGUUUGUACUAUAUAGACAUUUAAAUUUUAAGUUGAAACGGCAAUUUAUGGAUAAACAUAGAUUUUACAAGUAGACAUAAAUUUGUUAUUGUGCUAAUCAUAUUACACGCAUAAUAUUCAUUAAUCAGAAAUUGCAAUCAUAGUAUAAUAAAAAUUAGUUUGAAUUAUAAAUAAUUAAUUUACCUAUACUAUUAUCUGUAGCAAUUUUAACUGUAUCUUCAGAUAUUUUUGUUUAUUCAUAUAAGUUUGUGGAACAUUAUUUUUUUUUUACUGUACUUGAAUUUAUUACUUGACAAUGUCUUGGAUACAAAACAUAUCAGAAAAUGUGAUUUGAGGAAUCAUUAUAAUAGCCAUUAAAAUAUGUAUCUCAUUGCAACCAUCUAUGUCUACACAGGGUGAUUACGAAGUGUUAAUAUAAUGAUGUAUAUAAUACAUAUGCUUUCAUGUAUUAAUAGUUUGAAAAGAAAGCAAAGAGGAUUAGUAAAAAUAAUUUUUUUUUUAUUUUAAUACAAGUGGUGACUACACCAUUUUAAUCUUACAUUCGUUCAUACUAAUGAAAAUAAUCCGAAAUUUAAAAUGUCUAUAUUUCAUCAAGUAAUCUGAAGGUGCAGUUAAAAGAAAUAAAUUUUCUUUUUGUAACUUUUUAUACAAUGUAAAUAGGAAAAUAUGUUUAUUAUUCAAAAUGCUGUUGAGUAUAAUUAUAAAAAUAAGAUGAUAAGCUGUUACAAGUGUUUAUGUACAUUUUACGCCAUACUUUUCUAGAAAGAAGUACCGCUUUUUAAGGUGAAGUGUAACAGCUUUACAAAGCAAUAUAUCGUAUAGUCGAAAUUAUACAUUGUGGCAGCAUUUCUAGUUUCUUAAAUAUCUCUUAUUAUUUAAAAUAUUUUGCAAAGCAAUUUCCUCGUCGUUAAUUAGUUCAAUAUAUAAUUUUAUUCUAAAGCUAAAGAUCAUCAAAUUGUAUAAUGUACAUAUUGAACUGUUUGGUAUGGUAAAGUUAUUUUAUAUAAAUAUAUGCUUAAAACAUACUGUGAAAACAUUAAAGAAUUUUUGAUUUUCUAAAAUACUUGAGAAGCUUUGCAUAAACUUUAUAAUAUUGUUGAUAGUAAAGGAACAGUAAUUGGAAUACAUUAAAAAGAUGAUACGCGAUAAUGUGCAGCGUGAAUAAUCAUGUAUGAUUACCGUUUUAUUAACUUUAUUCUAUGUAGAAUAUGUAAUUAAAUUAAUAGAUACGUUGGUAGUAGUGUGUAAUACACGAGUGAAUGUAAUAUUUUUGUUAAUAUAACCUAUUGUAAUUCAUAAAUGGAUUUAUUUUGGAAAGUAUUUUGAAAUUUAUGUACUUGUGAAACAUGAUACACUUUUUCGCAUCGAAUUUGAGUUCCGUGUCUAUUUUUGUUAAUGUUUUUUUUUUUUGUUAAUACAACGUACUUUUCGCAGUAAAUCCAUUUAUACAUUAAAAUAGAUCACAUGUAUGUGCGUGAUGUAUCUAUAUUUAUAUACAGGUUGUUUCAUAAGGACGAGACAAAUCGAAACAUGAGACUUCUUUAUGUGCAUAUUUCGAUACGUCCUAUACUUUUGAGAUGUCCUGUUAUAAAUUAAUGCAUUUUAUAAAAAGUGUCAUUAAUAUAUACAUUAUAUAUAUAUAUAUAUACGAGGACGAAGAUAUUUUAAUAAUAUAAAAGAAUGUAUUGUAUACUGUGUCCUUAAAAUCUAAGACUAUGGAGAAAGUACAUUUUUUAAUUGAAAAAAAUUUGUAAUUGUAAAAUAAAUUGUAAACUGGUUGUUUCGAAAGAAUCUGAUUUAUGAUUAAACAUUGCGAAUUUUAUGUGUAAAAUUCGUUGCAUAAUUUAUAAUUAUAUAAUUGAACAUAAUAUAGGAUUAUGUAUCUACAUGUCAUAUCGAAGAUUGAAUACUGUUAAAUAACAUAGUACAGAAAUUAAGAAUUAGACUCUCGUAACAAGUGUUAGAGAAAUUUUAUAUUUAUAUAGCUAGAUAUAUUUACAAAGUAAUUUCAGUUGAUUGUCAUCUAGUUUAUAAAUAACAUUGAGUACAAACCUGCAAUGUUUCGAUGUUUUGCCUUAAAUAUGCAAUUAAAUCAUAAAAAGAUUAUUUCAUAUAUUUUAUACACGGAAAUGUAAGUGAUUAAUUCUAAAAUAAUUUACUUUUUUGUAUCUCUAAUUUAAUGUAGAAGAUAUACUACAUUAUGUUGUAAUAUUACGAACAUAGUAUUAUCUAUAUUAUACCGCUUUGCUAGCAAUCAAAAUCAAAGUGCAAAAUUAUUGCAUUUUGAUUAAAAAAAAUAUGUUUAUUCACUGUUAUGAUUAUGUUAAAGUUUAGCAUACAAUAGAGUAUUAUUUAACAAUCAUGGCAUAUAAGCUUUUUUAUAGUUAUUAUAUAAACAAAAAAGAACCGCCUGAAAGUAAAGAGAAUUCCAAUACAUUUAACCACGCGAAACGAUACGGCUGAACUCUGGCCGUCGAUAAUCCGGUUAGAAGUUUCCUAGCGAAAAGUAGUGGUUGUUCGACACGUUGUGUGUGCGUGCGUGCGUGCGUGCGUGCGUGCGCGUGUGUGUGCGCGCACACAAGGAUCUAACCACAACAGUUGUUGCUUGUCAAGGAACCACGACAUGUCCCAUAGCGGUUAACGAGCCCCCGGUGACCAGACUUGGCUACAUUGUAAAGGUAACUCGUUGACUAGAUAUACUACUUGCCCAUACGGCAUGAUGGAUAUUAGUUUUGCAUUUCAUACGUUAAUUAACUUGUUUGAAACUAUUUGCUAUUACUCUUCAGAUUUUCAUAGAUCUAUGGGAAAAGUUACGUAGACGCGUUCGCGUCUAUUAAUGCGAGCCUAUUAAUUGCUUUCUGUUCGUUUGUUAACGCACUAUUAUAGUUACUUUGAACUCGUGAGAGUCAAUUAAUUUAUAAUGUACGGUUAAGGUAAACAUGCGUAAAGAAUAUCUGUGUCACAGGCAGAUGGUCGAUAACGCAUGUAAUAUUUAUAGGGAAGAAUACGAAAGAGGGUUUAAAAUAGUUCGAUAAUGAUUGUUAUUACGAGGGUUGCAUCAUUUGUCCACAUAUUAAUUCGUGUGCUUUAAGAAGUUGUACUUGCUCGACGAUGAAAUACAUUAAAUUGUCAUUUAUGUGUACUAGGUUUUGUGAAUGAAAAUCAAUAUUACAAAAAAUUGAAUUACUAUCCUUGUACGUCGUGUGAACGACUGAUUGUGAGACCUAUUAAAAACGAAAAACGUCCAUCAAAAACCAACUGAUCGUUUAUUAUUAAUUUCGCAA